UUGCAAAAGAUGCUGGCUUCGAGGAGGUUGACGACGAUGAUGUGGCAGACCUUCUCACCUCCCACACUCAAGAGCUGACUGAUGAGGACCUCUUUCACCUGGAAAAGCACCGUGAAAGAGAGACAAGCUCUGACAGUGAAGGUGCCCCAAUUGCCAAGGAGUUCACCACCAAAGAACUGAGUGAACUAACUGAUGAUGGCAGACGACUUGCAGAAAAGGUCAUUGAGUUUGACCCUCAGUUUGACAGGGCUCUGGACUUCAAGACAAUCAUUAUGGAUGGGCUGAGUAGAUAUGAAAAACUUUACCAGCAAAAGAAAGCUAGUGCUGCUCAAAAGAUCAGUGACUUCUUCAAGCCUUUAUCCUCACUUUUGCCAUCAACAUCUUCCUCCACCAGUGGCUUGCUAUCCUACUUCAAGACCAUCGAGGAGGAUGUGUAUGAUCCUGUCCCAGUAUCUCCUACCAUCAUGGAACUUCCUUCUUCCUCGAGUGAUCAAAAGGAAGCGGGAGUAUUCUAACUGAAUUUUCUCUUAUGCCUCGUAGAGAGAAGAACGGGACUGCUCAGCGGUGACUCGUUUGCUUCCCACCCCGACACAUAAACUAAACAUUGGAAGACCGCAGCUCGGCAAUGGGGGGUGGAGAAGAAAGCCCUGACUGCACUGCCAACCAGCACUCAUCCUCUGCAGGGGGUGAGGGACAGAUCACUGAAAGAAUAUGAGCCAUCUCGAGACAAGAAGCCAAAAACUCUAAUUCAGUCAAUGGUGAUGGAUCCCUUGUCAGCUGUUUUGGAUGAUGGCCCAGACCCUCUAAGUGACCUCCUGGCAGCCUCGGAUCCUCUUUCUGCUCAGACAUACACUGGCUCUCAGAAAGGCCUAAAGGACAGCCAGGAGGAGGAGGCCAGUUCCCCUAGCAGAUGGCACACCACCUGGACACAGACCCAGAACCACAUCCUGGCCAACUUCACCACCUCCAGCACCCUCACCUUCAUGUCCAGCUUCCUGCAUCCCUCGGACACAGCUGAGAGCAGAGCUGUCCCAUCCCACAGACGUGUAGUGAAGACUCAGACUGCUGUCCCUGAAAGACACCGGGCACAAGGAAUGAGUGGCAGUGAGCGGAUCCGUGCACGGCUGGAGCAGAUGGACACCCUGGACGAGAUUGGCAGUGGGGUGGUGCGGGAGGUGGGUGGUCUCACGCAGGGAGAGUUCACCAACCGCCUCAACUCACUCAAACAGGAGAUGAUCGAGGCCUGGAACUCUGACCAGCGGGUGAAGGCGCUCAAGAUUGGCAUCCAGUGUGUGAAGCUGCUCAACCUCUCGGCACCCGAGCACUUCUACCCUAGUAAGUUUGUGUUGGUGAUGGACAUCCUGAGCACACUGGCUGACCUCGUGUACCAGCGCCUCAAGCAGAAGGCACUUAACGAGAGUUCGCCAGCUAGCAAUGCAAGUGUUGCCAGACUGGAGGCGCAGGAGACAGCCCGUAACUGGUUCUACAAGGUGGCCUCCAUCAGGGAGCUGCUUCCAAGGUUGUACCUGGAGGCUGCUCUUCUGCCAUGUUACUCCCUCACUGAUGAAAAAGAGGGUGAACAAGCUCUGGUACGGCUUGCCCGGAUGACCCGAGGCAUUGGAGAUCCCCUGAUUGCUGCCUACACCCGCAUGUUCGUGUGUCGCAUGGGUGUGGAUGUGGUGCCCACCCUCACCCAUUACAUUGUGGCCACCAUUGAGGACUUCCUGCACACUCUCACUCAGCUGCAAUUGUCAUUGGCACAGGGCACGUGGCCCGAGGGAGAGACGGACAUGAACAUGGGGGAGGACAAGAAUGUGCUGGCAGCGCGGGUGUUUGCUCCUCCCCUGCAGUGGAUGAUGCAGUGCCUGGCAGGAAGGGCAUCACAGCAGGAGUUGCAGAAUAUUGUGCGGAUGUGUGAAGGAGCAGAAGGCCUCGGCCAGAACUUAAUGUUGGCUGCCCUACUCAACUCUUUCCCCAAUGACUUUGUAGCCCUCCAUGCACUCCCUCUCACUCAGCUCAUCGCCUCCUGCCUUUAUUCAGGUAAGAGCAAGCAUGAAUUACUGUCAGCAUUGGGGAGGUGUGUAAAUAAGGUGCCCCCUGCCCAGCAGCAGCAGCUCUCUCUCCUGAAUGGUGUGUGGAAGCUGAUCACCCACAUUCCUCUCACCAAUGACUACCUUGCCACCGCCGGCGUCUGGCUGGAGUACACUGCCAAGCACUUCUCGUCUUUUGAAGUGAACACACUUCUUGGAGAUGUUCUGAAGCAUGUGGGAGCAGAGCGAACCCAGGAGCAAAUGCAUUACUCCUCCCUGCUCAUGUUGGUGUCCACAGCGCUCACCAAUUCCACCGAUCCCCACUCCCUCUUCUCAAUGAACAACUUCCUUGGCCUGCUGAGUGUGUUCCAGCGCGACAGUGUGAGUGCCGGGGAUGGAGUGACGCGUGGGGUGGUGGAGGCACUGCUGAGCCACCACCCAGGGCACAUCACCGAUCCAGCACUCGUCCAGCACCUCCUCACCUUCUGUGGGGCACUGCAUGACUCAAUAAAUGCCCUGACAACAGACGACGAAAGACGACAGCUUUCUCAGCUGAUCAUAUCAUUUAUUCGACAAGUGAAUUUUGGAAGAGACUUUGAGCAGCAGCUGGACUUUUAUGUCAAUGCAAGAGCUGCUUUUUCAAACCUGGACAGUGUGCUGGCUGCCCUCAUUCAGUGUGUGUGUCAGCUGGCUGUGGCCACAUGGCAGGUGGUUCACGGCCAGCACUCAGGCAAGACAGCAGCCUUUGUGCGGGCAUGUGCUGCCUACUGCUUCAUCACAGUGCCCUCACUCACCUCCUCUGCCACUCGCCUGCGACUCUACCUCCUUUCUGGAAAUGUGGCCCUUCUCAAUAAUUGCUUAGGACAGGGAGAUGCUUGCAUGAAGGCAGCCAUCAGGGAGUUGCUAGAGGUAGCUGGCUCACAAGACACAGAAGGAGGAGGGAGUGUGGCAGACACUCUCCGUACUCUGACAGCAAACUUGGCCUCAACCCUCAUUGCCACACCAGACCCUCCCGAUGCCUCUCCUCCUCUCUACCUGCUUCGGGGACUCACCAAUGCCAUCCAUUCUUUCCCGUGGCCAAAAGAAACAGAUACUCAAGCAUUCUUAUCAAUUACAUUAUUACAUGCACUCUCUGCUGCAUGUCAAGAUGAUUUGCCUUAUCAUAUUCACUCAGUUGAGGGUAAUGAUGCCUUGUAUGGUGGAGAUCCACAGGUCUGCCAGGAAGCAAACUCACUGUCAACUCUACUCUUACAGGACAUUGUCACUCAUAUACAGAGUCUUAGUGGCGUGCAUGAGAAGCGGUGUGGUCCCGUGGCCCUGGAGCUGUUCUGGUGCAUCGUGACCUGGGCUGACCUGACAGACACCCACAUGAUGAACGUGGCCACACUCAUGUGGUCAUACAUCAUGAAGUUCAUUGCCUCUCAAGUUGUGAAGCAAGUCCGAGAGCUGCUGAUGAAGCAGUCCUCCUAUGGCAAGAAGGGUCUCCCACAGCUGAUCCAGCACUGCAAAGGAUAACGUGUAUUAUUACUCUCUGCAUCCACUCCACAUCUCAGGAGAUUAUGUUGAUUUCAUCAUUGUAUAUUCUUCAUUCAUAGGGAAAUGCUGUGAUAAUUGUUGUUAAUUUUGUAUGAUUUUUGUGUGUAGAGAAAUUAUUCAAUCUUGUUAGUAUCUUCAUUCCCAUCUCAUUAUAUAUUAACUAUUCUUAAGUGCCAAUCUUUAAAUAAAUUAUUUCAAAGGAUGCUAUAAUUAUUAUCAUCAUAUGCUUCCCAGAAGGUUUACACAAACUUACCCAGCUAAUCUACUACUACUCAGAACAUACACUUAUAUGGUAUGCACAAGAUGUUAUAAGUAAUGGAAUAAGUUAAUUCAGCAACAAAUAUGGUAUAUGUACAACAAGUUAAGUAAUGGAAUAACUUAAUUCAGCAACAAAUCAGUAAUCUAAGAAUUCAAUCCUACACACUUCUGGGCAUAUUAUACACUUCCAGAUCAAUGCAGCUUAACAGUCUGCAUUACUGACUGAUGUGCUCAGUCUAAUGUCUGCUCAAUUCUUCACUUGUAGGCUUUCUCAAAACAACAACAUGACAUCCUCUUUUUCAGUCACAGCAUGCAUCAUGUACAAUAACACCAGCUUUACAUCUGCCUCAUACACAGGCAGCCCAAGGUUUAUCUGUAUACACUGUGAGAACACUUGCUGGGAGAUCCAUUCUGAAUUCCUUCCUCCCUUCCCUAACUUGUACUAAGCAGACACCUUUCAUUCCAUCAUCAUCACACACAUUCCUCAUGUAAAUUAUGCCAUUUCUUGUAAAGUGGAUUAAUGGUUCUCAAACUGCAAUGAUACCUAUGACAACUGCCACAAUUCCUCUAACAGACAGAAAGCUCAGAUCUAUACUAAUAGAUCUGUCAAUUAAAUGAUUGUGAUAACUGUACAUAUUUGUUCUUGUACAAAAAUUUAAUAUACACAUUUAAAUGA